CUCAUGUUCUAGAUAUAUCUUAUAACAGCUCUUGGUCUCUGAUGUAAAUUUAGAAUGGAUUAGGAUAUUCCUAUGUGCGCAUGUAGAUUAAAGAAUAUUAUUAAAAAAAUUAAAUGCCAUGAUAUAUUCUAUAAUAUUGUUAAAAGAUAUAUCUAUAUAUAUAUAUAACACGGAUCAAAUCUUAAAAAAACACAGAUAAACCUUAAGUCAUACAAUUGAACAGCAAAAUAGAGUGUGUGUCUGAGAGAGAGAGAGAGAGAGAUGCGUUGUUACGGCUUAACAAUCCCUGGAAGCGAUCAUCGCUUAAUCACACCAACACUACCUCCUUCACUAUCCUUCCGACCCACCACCAUACCCAUGACCCGAAUCUCAUUCGGGGCAUCCUUUCCAAAGCUUAAAGCCACCUUCAACGACGGCAUGGCGGCGGAGGAACGGAGCUUCUACGAUCUUCUUGGCAUACCAGAAUCCGGUUCAUUGAUGGAUAUCAAAAGAGCCUAUAAACAACUUGCAAGAAAGUAUCACCCGGAUGUUUCACCACCGGAUCGGGUCAAAGAGUAUACCAAGAGGUUUAUUCAGGUUCAGGAGGCGUAUGAAACGUUGUCUGAUCCUUCAAGGAGGAUUAUGUAUGAUAGAGAUAUGGCUAUAGGGAUUCAUCUUGCUUUCAAUGCUUGUAAAUGCUAUAAUCAUUCUGAUCAGGUGAGUGAACAAAAGGGUGAUUGGAAAUCUCAACUCGCUGGCCUGCAGAGAAGAAGUGAUAGCAAGGUUGCUGCUGAGAAUAUGUCAUGGGCGGCUCGAGUGCGCCAGCAGAGGGGGGAAUUGUGACUACAAUUCUCAUUUGUUCUCUAUGUGUAUAAUAACUGUAUAUAUAAAUAUGUAACUCUUCAUACUCUACAUCAAAUCAGAUAUGAAGUUUAUGUUUAAAAAAAAAAAAACCUUAUAGGUUAAUAAUUUUAUGUUGAAGUAUGCAUUAAAAAGAGAUGUAUCCAAUUUUGCAAUCUAUGUAUUUUUAUUGCCACACGUGUGACAUGUACUUCCUUUUUGUCUCAGAAUGAAGUUUCCUAAUAAUGUCAUAAAAUAAAAUAGGACUUUUUUUAGUGAAAUAUUUUUUAGGUUCUGUCUAUACAUCAUCCAAAAUGCUUCAUCUGUACAUAAUUUCUAAUUUCUUUCAUUUUUGGAUGAAAUA